AUGUGUCCUGCUCUGGCGGGGAGACGAAAACAGCCCUGCUGGCCGAAAGCUGUUCCUCCUGGCUUCCCCAAGCACCCGGGCUGCCCUUUGCUCUCCGGCCCGUCCAGGUGCAGCCGGCUGUUCUCUAUCGCGUCUGUGUCUGCCCUCUUCUCCAGCAUCCUGGGCCAGACCACACCGACCCGCCCUGUGGCUGUGGCCUGCCUGCAGAGUAGGGAACGGAGGAAGGACAGCCGGCUUGACUGCUAUGGCAAAGGCGAGCGGGCAGCUCAUGCCGAGAAGUCUGAGGGCGGCCCCCGGCCCCUGUUCUGCAGAAAGGGGGCUCUGAGACAGAAGGUGGUCCAUGAAGUCAAGAGCCACAAGUUCACCGCCCGCUUCUUCAAGCAGCCGACCUUCUGCAGCCACUGCACCGACUUCAUCUGGGGCAUCGGAAAGCAGGGCCUGCAAUGUCAAGUCUGCAGCUUUGUGGUCCAUCGGCGAUGCCACGAAUUUGUGACCUUCGAGUGCCCAGGCGCUGGCAAGGGCCCCCAGACAGACGACCCCCGGAACAAGCACAAGUUCCGCCUGCACACCUACAGCAGCCCCACCUUCUGCGACCACUGCGGCUCCCUGCUUUACGGGCUGGUGCACCAGGGCAUGAAGUGCUCGUGCUGCGAGAUGAACGUGCACCGGCGCUGUGUGCGCAGCGUGCCUUCCCUGUGCGGUGUGGACCACACGGAGCGCCGUGGGCGCCUGCAGCUGGAAAUCCGGGCUCCGACCGCGGAUGAGAUCCACAUCACGGUCGGUGAGGCCCGAAACCUCAUUCCAAUGGACCCUAACGGUCUGUCCGAUCCCUACGUGAAACUGAAGCUCAUCCCAGACCCUCGGAACCUAACGAAACAGAAGACCCGGACGGUGAAAGCCACGCUAAACCCUGUGUGGAACGAGACCUUCGUGUUCAACUUGAAGCCAGGGGAUGUGGAGCGCAGGCUCAGCGUGGAGGUGUGGGACUGGGACCGGACCUCCCGCAACGACUUCAUGGGCGCCAUGUCCUUCGGAGUCUCAGAGCUGCUCAAGGCGCCUGUGGAUGGCUGGUACAAGUUACUGAACCAGGAGGAGGGCGAGUAUUACAACGUGCCAGUGGCGGACGCGGACAACUGCAGCCUUCUCCAGAAGUUCGAGGCCUGCAACUACCCCCUGGAACUGUACGAGCGGGUGCGGAUGGGCCCCUCUUCCUCUCCUGUCCCCUCCCCGUCGCCCAGCCCCACUGACCCCAAGCGCUGCUUCUUUGGGGCCAGCCCCGGACGCCUGCACAUCUCAGACUUCAGCUUCCUCAUGGUUCUGGGAAAAGGCAGUUUUGGGAAGGUGAUGCUGGCCGAGCGCAGGGGCUCCGACGAGCUCUACGCCAUCAAGAUCCUGAAAAAGGACGUCAUCGUCCAAGAUGACGACGUGGACUGCACGCUGGUGGAGAAGCGCGUGCUGGCGCUCGGCGGCCGCGGGCCUGGCGGCCGGCCCCACUUCCUCACCCAGCUCCACUCCACCUUCCAGACCCCGGACCGCCUGUACUUCGUGAUGGAGUACGUCACCGGGGGGGACCUGAUGUACCACAUUCAGCAGCUGGGCAAGUUCAAGGAGCCCCACGCAGCGUUCUACGCUGCUGAAAUCGCCAUCGGCCUCUUCUUCCUGCACAACCAGGGGAUCAUCUACAGGGACCUGAAGCUGGACAACGUGAUGCUGGACGCCGAGGGGCACAUCAAGAUCACCGACUUCGGCAUGUGCAAGGAGAACGUCUUCCCCGGGACGACGACCCGCACCUUCUGCGGGACCCCCGACUACAUAGCCCCCGAGAUCAUCGCCUACCAGCCCUAUGGGAAGUCUGUCGACUGGUGGUCCUUUGGGGUCCUGCUGUAUGAGAUGUUGGCGGGACAGCCUCCCUUCGACGGGGAGGACGAGGAGGAACUGUUCCAGGCCAUCAUGGAACAGACGGUCACCUACCCCAAGUCGCUGUCGAGGGAAGCCGUGGCCAUCUGCAAGGGGUUCCUGACCAAGCACCCGGGGAAGCGUCUGGGCUCCGGGCCAGAUGGGGAGCCCACCAUCCGGGCGCACGGCUUUUUCCGCUGGAUUGACUGGGAGCGGCUGGAACGCCUGGAGAUCGCCCCUCCGUUCAGACCCCGGCCGUGUGGCCGCAGCGGCGAGAACUUCGACAAGUUUUUCACGCGCGCGGCGCCAGCGCUGACGCCCCCAGACCGCCUCGUCCUGGCCAGCAUCGACCAGUCGGAUUUCCAGGGCUUCACCUACGUGAACCCGGAUUUCGUGCACCCGGAUGCCCGCAACCCCCCCAGCCCAGCGCCAGUGCCGGUCAUGUAAUCUCACCUACCGCCACUAGGUGUCCCCAGAGGCCCCUCCGCCUGGCCCGCCGAAGCCCCGACUUCACCACCCCCUUCCGGAUUCUAGAUCCUGCACCCUGGCAUUCUGGCCUCUGUCCCCACGGAUUCCAGAAGUCCCUCCCAAGCGCUCCCAGCAUUCUAAAGUCUAUACAGUCCCUAGAGCCUUCCCGUGGUCUCGAGUCUGCGGUGCAGACGCCUUUACGCUCCCUCGCCUCAGCAUUCUGGAGUCCGCUCCAAGUUCCAGAACCACCACCACCACCACCACCACCCCCCGCCAGCUCCAGGAGUUCGAGGCUCCAUCUCGGUAGUUCCGUGCCGCCCCUCUCCCAGCCCCUUCGCCCAGCUGAAGUAGUCUUACGGAUCGGAUCGGAUCUGCUGUUCGACUCAGAUUCCAGAACAACCCCCACCGCCGAGGCCCCUCCCGCCUCCACUGCAGUUCUAGAGUAACCGGGAGGCUGUGCCCCCAUGCUCCAGUAUCCCCUCUUCGGCGCUGGGGACUCCCGGGAGGUCCGAGGAUUCCUCCCCAGCUGUUCUCCAUCAGCUGAUGUUCGAGCCUCGGCCGUCCCAGGUCCCGAGUCACCUCUGCCCACCCGCCCGUGCAUGGCCCAGUCUCGCUCGGAACCCGUGCCUGCCGCUCUCUGGGACCCCUCCCCCUUAGCCUCUCCCGCCCGGCCAGGGCUGCUGGAGAAUAAAUUUGGGACGCUGAU